CAAAUCACUACUUGAAAUUUUUCCACUAAAGAGAUAUCAGAAGUCUAAAAAAUGCCUCCACGGCCAUCAUCUGGUGAACUAUGGGGCAUCCAUUUGAUGCCACCGCGGAUCCUUGUGGAGUGUCUUCUACCAAAUGGAAUGAUAGUGACUCUAGAAUGCCUCCGUGAGGCCACAUUACUAACCAUUAAACAUGAACUCUUUAAAGAAGCAAGAAAAUACCCUCUCUAUCAGCUCCUUCAAGAUGAAUCAUCUUACAUUUUUGUAAGUGUUACCCAGGAGGCAGAAAGAGAAGAAUUUUUUGAUGAAACACGGAGACUUUGUGACCUGCGGCUCUUUCAACCUUUUCUAAAAGUCAUUGAACCAGUAGGUAACAGAGAAGAAAAGAUUCUAAAUAGAGAAAUAGGCUUUGCUAUUGGCAUGCCUGUCUGUGAAUUUGACAUGGUUAAGGAUCCAGAAGUACAAGAUUUCAGAAGAAAUAUCUUAAACGUUUGCAAAGAAGCAGUGGAUCUUCGAGAUGCAAAUGCGCCCCAUAGUAGAGCAUUAUAUGUCUGUCCUCCAAAUGUAGAGUCUUCGCCUGAGCUACCCAAACACAUAUACAAUAAGCUAGAUAAAGGACAAAUUAUAGUGGUAAUAUGGGUAAUAGUCUCGCCAAACAAUGAUAAGCAGAAAUACACCUUAAAAAUCAAUCAUGACUGUGUGCCUGAGCAAGUUAUUGCUGAAGCAAUUAGGAAGAAGACACGAAGUAUGUUGCUGUCUUCUGAACAACUGAAACUCUGUGUCUUGGAGUACCAGGGCAAGUAUAUUUUAAAAGUGUGCGGCUGUGAUGAGUACUUGCUAGAAAAAUACCCACUGAGCCAAUAUAAGUACAUAAGAAGCUGUAUAAUGCUUGGUCGCAUGCCUAACCUGAUGCUGAUGGCUAAGGAGAGCCUAUAUACCCAGCUGCCUCUGGAUACCUUUACAAUGCCAUCUUAUUCCAGACGCAUUUCUACAGCUACACCCUAUAUGAAUGGAGAAGCUACAGCCAAAUCCCUCUGGUCUAUAAACAGUGCUCUCAGAAUAAGAAUCCUGUGUGCAACCUAUGUAAAUGUGAACAUCCGAGACAUUGACAAGAUCUAUGUUCGAACAGGUAUCUACCAUGGAGGGGAGCCUUUGUGUGACAAUGUGAAUACUCAGAGAGUACCUUGUUCUAAUCCCAGAUGGAAUGAAUGGCUAUCGUAUGAGAUGUACAUAACUGAUCUUCCACGUGCUGCUCGGCUCUGCCUCUCAAUCUGUUCUGUUAAAGGCCGGAAGGGGGCUAAAGAGGAACACUGUCCAUUGGCAUGGGGAAAUAUAAACAUGUUUGAUUACACAGACACUUUAGUGUCUGGGAAAAUGGCUUUGAAUCUUUGGGCAGUACCUCAUGGACUGGAGGAUUUGCUGAAUCCUAUUGGUGUUACUGGAUCAAAUCCAAAUAAAGAAACUCCAUGUUUAGAGCUGGAAUUUGAUUGGUUUAGCAAUCCUGUAAAGUUUCCUGAUAUGACGGUGAUUGAAGAACAUGCCAACUGGACUAUAUCUCGUGAACUAGGGUUUAACUACAGCUAUGCGGGGCUGAGUAACAGAAUAGCUAGAGAUAAUGAAUUAAGAGAAAGCGACAAAGAGCAACUGCGUGCUAUAUGCACACGAGAUCCUCUGUCUGAAAUCACUGAGCAAGAGAAGGACUUUCUUUGGAGCCACAGACAUUAUUGUGUAAAUAUCCCAGAAAUUCUACCCAAAUUGCUUUUAUCUGUUAAAUGGAAUUCCAGAGAUGAAGUAGCCCAGAUGUACUGUUUGGUAAAAGACUGGCCUCCAAUCAAGCCAGAGCAAGCGAUGGAGCUUUUGGACUGUAAUUACCCUGAUCCAAUGGUGCGAGCCUUUGCAGUGCGGUGUCUGGAGAAGUACUUGACAGAUGACAAACUUUCACAAUACUUAAUCCAGCUAGUACAG